UUUUGAAGAUUUUUAAUGAAAAAUACUUGAUAUAAGUUUAAAUUAAAUAAUUUCCUAAAGUUUUGUUAAGUAAAAAUGGUUAAGCUAACGCCUGAACUGAUAAAUCAGUCAAUGCAAUACAUUAAUCCAUGCCGGGAACGUGAACUCGAUUUACGUGGUUAUAAAAUACCUCAAAUAGAAAACCUUGGCGCGACACUAGAUCAAUUUGAUACCAUAGACUUAUCUGAUAAUGAUCUGCGUAAACUUGAUGGAAUGCCAUAUUUACCGCGCUUAAAGUGUUUACUUUUAAAUAAUAACCGCAUAUUACGCAUCGGUGAUGGUCUGCACGAGGCUGUGCCCAAUCUAACUUCCAUUAUUUUGACCGGUAAUAACUUACAAGAAUUAGGAGAUCUUGAACCAUUAGCAUAUUUGCAGCAUUUAGACACAAUUUGUUUAUUAAUUAAUCCUGUUUCGACUAAACAGUAUUAUCGUGAAUAUAUGGCUUGGAAGUUUCCAAACCUGCGUUUGCUGGAUUUUAGAAAGAUUAAACAAAAGGAUCGUCAAGCAGCGCAUGAUUUCUUCCGUACAAAACAAGGCAAAGAUAUUGCAAAGGAAAUUGCUAAAAAGACAAAACUAAAUGCUGCUGCAGUUGCAGCAGAAAGCAAUAGCAGUGGCACUAGAAUGGCAAAUCCUGAAGAUUUACAACGUAUACGCGAAGCUAUAAAACGUGCCAGUUCAUUGCUCGAAGUAGAGCGAUUAUCGCACGUAUUACAAAGUGGUCAGCUACCAGAGAAUUUCUUCACAGACUUACAGAAUGGUGUUACACAAAACGGUAGCGAAGGAGGAGGGGGCAUCGAAGUUAUGGAACACUAACAUUUAGACGCUUAACAAUAAAUAGUUCGUGUAAAUUUUAUAUUUUUAAUGCUCUAAAGUCAAACAGUAAUAAAAUGCAAUUAAAGAAGCAAUUUGUA